AUGCACACCACAAAUGCCUCAUUCAAUGCAAUUGUCAUUGAUGAGAAGAACGAAAAGGUAGAAGCGGGCGCAAAUGAUGAAAUGCAUGAAGAAGAGGAAUCAGAAAUGGCAUCUCGACCUGGAGUGGACACGAAAAACGCAGGUCAUUUCGUUCACGAAGAUCCAGAGGUACUCGAAGAAGAUUCAGUAAAAACGGCGUUAUCCAUUUCAACACUCCCCGAGAAGGUAGGCAUCGACAAGAUGAUGUGCUUUCUACAAUCAGAAUGA